AUGACAUCGAGCGGCACCUGCACAAUUCGCGUCGGUCAAGGGCUGAUCGAAGGUGGCGUUGAGCACGUACGAGUCGGCAAGGACGUCCCUGGCGAGAAGUUCCACGGCAAGCAUCCCGGUCUCAGUUUCUUUGGGCGGUAUCGAGGCCCAGGACCUGCCCUCUCCUGUUCUGCGCUGCGUGCACUGUCCGACAAGGGUGCCGGCAUCGUCGAGGUUCAAGAGGACGCUGCGGACGAGUCUGGCGAGGACGAGGCGCAUGAGCGCAAUCUGGUCGGCCCCUUUGUCGACCUCUGGACGUUCGACCUCGAACACAAGCUUCUUGCACUCGCUCUCCUCUUCUUUCUGCGUUAUCUUCGCACUUGCACCCCAACGCUAAAUGUUGGGGAGUCGGCUCAAGUGUGCAAACUGCUCUCCCUGACAGGACCAAGUCAAGUGGAGAGGGUCCCCGAGAUUGGUGAGGACCCCCCAGUGGACCUACUCCAGUCCUUGGAUGUCCGGUGGAAGGGUUACGCAGCUGAAUCAUGGUGGACAAUGCAGGGGCGCGUAGUGGUGUCUCAAUACGCACCUGAGCAUUACGCGCUCCUCUGCAUAGUAGGCGGUGGCGGCAGGGCUAAGUACGACCCGGUCGUCGAAAACGAGGUGGCGCGCCUAGUAGUAUUGGCGAACAAAGCGGCUCUCAUAGCCCUCAAGUGCACCGAGGAGCAUGCGCGCGCGCACGGGAGACCGCGGCACCACAACCUCGCCACGUUCACGAAGCUCAGAGACGAGGUUGAGGUGAAGAUCAGGGAGGUCGGUCUGGAGAACGAACUCGAUGACGCACGUUACAAGCUUGCCAUCAAAGCGGCAUGGUUCAGUUCUCGCCGGGUGGCCGCUUCAUACUUUCGUUCUCGGGCCGUCGACCAACCGAUGCAACGCCACGACACUGACGCAUCCUAG